UGACGUUGCCCGCUGCCGUCACAGCAGCCGGAAGCGCCGUUGGGAGCAGUAAACAACCUCGUCGAGAGCCUGCGGCCGCCGCGCUUCCAUCUGUGAGGAGCCGGAGUCCGCCGCGGACCAUGGGCGGCGUUCUGGGCCUCUGCUCCAUGGCGAGCUGGAUACCGUGCUUAUGUGGAAGUGCCCCGUGCCUGCUCUGCCGAUGCUGCCCCAGUGGAAACAACUCCACCAUAACUCGGUUGAUUUAUGCAUUCUUUUUACUUCUUGGCGUGAGUGUUGCCUGUGUGAUGUUAAUACCAGGCAUGGAAGAGCAGCUGAAGAAGAUUCCUGGAUUUUGUGAUGGAGGGAUGGGAACAACUAUUCCUGGUGUGCACGGCCAUGUGAAUUGCGAUGUACUAGUUGGUUACAAAGCUGUGUACCGUGUGUGCUUUGGUAUGGCCAUGUUCUUCCUUCUCUUCUCCUUGUUGAUGAUCAAAGUGAAAAGCAGCAAUGACCCAAGAGCAGCAGUGCACAAUGGAUUCUGGUUCUUUAAAUUUGCAACAGCACUUGCAAUUAGUGUUGGAGCCUUUUUCAUACCAGAGGGACCGUUUACGACUGUGUGGUUUUAUGUAGGUAUGGCUGGAGCAUUCUGCUUUAUUCUUAUUCAGCUGGUCUUGCUUAUUGACUUCGCCCACUCCUGGAAUGAAUCUUGGGUUGAAAAAAUGGAGGAAGGAAACUCAAGAUGCUGGUAUGCAGCUCUGCUGUCAGCUACAGCUGUCAAUUAUCUGCUGUCUCUAGUAGCCAUUGUCUUGUUUUAUGUUUAUUACACUCAUCCAGAAGGCUGUUCUGAAAACAAGACAUUCAUCAGUGUCAAUAUGCUGCUGUGUAUUGGUGCUUCUGUAAUGUCAAUUCUGCCGAAGAUUCAGGAAUCUCAGCCAAGAUCUGGUUUGCUGCAGUCUUCUGUCAUCACUAUUUAUACAAUGUAUUUGACUUGGUCAGCUAUGACCAAUGAACCAGACAGGCGCUGUAACCCGAGUUUGCUGAGCAUCAUUGGUUACAACAGCACCACCACUCCAACCCAGGGGCAGGUAGUUCAGUGGUGGGAUGCACAAGGCGUUGUAGGACUGGUUCUGUUUUUGCUGUGUGUUCUCUAUUCAAGCAUCCGAACAUCCAACAACAGCCAAGUUAAUAAGCUGAUGCUGACCAGUGAUGAAUCAACACUGAUAGAAGAUGGAAUGCCCAGGAAUGAUGGCUCCCUUGAUGAGGGAGAUGAUGUUCACCGAGCCAUAGAUAACGAGAGGGAUGGAGUCACUUACAGUUACUCCUUCUUUCAUUUCAUGCUUUUCCUGGCAUCACUUUAUAUCAUGAUGACGCUCACCAACUGGUACAGUCCGGAUUCUUCUUACGAGACAAUGACCAGCAAAUGGCCGUCUGUCUGGGUGAAGAUAUCGUCCAGCUGGAUUGGCAUUGUGCUUUACGUGUGGACUCUGGUUGCUCCACUGGUUCUUACAAACCGUGACUUUGACUAAGCUGCGCGGCUCUCCAGGGGGAUUGUGCUAGCUUUACCGUGUCUUUGAAACAAACAGUAUUCCAGAUAAUAGUGCAGUUGUAAAUAUGUGUGUGUGUGUGCGCGCUAUCCAUGUAGUAUACCCUGCUUUAUGCUGCAUGAUUACCUUGAAUCAUGUCUUUUGUCAUUUCACUAAAUGACUUUUUCUAUCUGAGCUCAGUGACAAUUGCUAUAAUGAUGGCUUUCAUAGCAUUACUCCUAGAUUGAGUGCUUCGGGAGCAUUAGAUGUAAGAUCAAGCAAGACCUUUUGGAAAGAGGUUUUUUUCCCCCCUCAAUUGCAUUAAAUAGUUGUAGGGAAGAAAAGUGCAAGUGUUAAUUAGGGUAAGGAGAGUAUUAGAUCAGGCUUUGCAAGGAGGGGCUGGCUGCCUUUGAUCCCUGUUGCCUUGAUUCCAAAGUAAGUCUUGAGUAAGUGUGGUUAGACUCAAAACUGUGUGUUGGAAUGACUGGAUGUCUUGCAGCAUUUUGGCACUAAAGCCUGACCUCUUCCCGCACGGAGGGUGGCAGUACCUUUAGCAUGGAUGUUGGGUGGGGAUGUUGGGUGGGGAGGCUGCAGAGGAGCUGAUGGGUGCCCUCCUUGGUGCUGUGGGGCCCACUGUGUCCCCUUGCAGACAGGAGACCCUGGGGAAAAACAUCCUGGUAUCAGAUGCUCAGAAGCAUGUUUUUAAAGCACCUGUUUACAAUGUGCAUCUAUGUAUUAUUUUUUUAAAAAGUAGUUUAAAUGGGAUAGUUGUGCUGUAAUUUAUUGCUGUUUUGUGUACCACUUACUUGGCUAAGCUACAGUCACAGAGUUUGCAAGGAGAUGAGUGGUGAAAACUGUGUAAGCCCUUUAGAGGAAUUUUUUGAGUAUUGUGGUUAAGAAAAAGAAGUGGAGGAAAAGGAACACUGCAAUGACAGUAACUAGAAGAGGCUUACAGUAACUAAGAGGCUUGCAUUAACUGAGGCUUCAACAGAAGUGUUUCUUAAUAUAUUUGAGGCUCUAAAUUUUGAAAUCUUUUACUGUAUUAGGCAUUUACUGCUUGUUGGCCAUUGCCAGAGAUGGACUUGAGCCUAGAAGUCUAAAUCUAGGCAUGAGGGAAGAUAUUACUCUGAUUGAUUGAAGUACCAUAUAGUUCCUGUGCAGUUAGGAAAUCUUCAGUGCUUUUGUGCUUGCAGCUUUGUAACUGAUGUAAGCUGCUGCUGCUGCAUUUCUCUCCCCUUGCCACUUCCUACAACUUGAGCCUGGAGCAGCCUGCCUGGGAGUGACUCUAGAGCCCUCAGCAGCUGUCAUGCUGACCCGGUACUGUGGUGUUUAUACCGCUACUUCCUGUUGCCAAUUAUUCUGUAAGCUCUUCUUUUAAUUCUGCACCUAAACACUGACAGUUAUGGCAGAAGUAUGACAUCUCUGCCAAACUUGGGAUGGUAAUGGAAUGGUUAGUAAAGGCUUGUACUAAUUUGGAAUAUAUUAUGUUAUUAAUAAAAAAAUUUGGAUGAAGAUGUCCAA